CCUCUUCCUCUUCACACUUUACUUUCACUUUCUCUGACAUCGUGCUGCAGAUACUUUUCUCCGUCUGAAGAUGAAGGUAGAAAGUGUGUGUGACUGAUGUGGAUGUGACUUCAGCAGCAUGGAUCAGAGUGAGGACAGAGAGGAGGGAGUCCCUCCCUCUAAAAGCUCUCUGUGUGGGGAACAUGACAGCCAGACCAAAGCUCAGAGAAGCCCAGAGUUGGAUAGACCAGACUCUGCUGGACCUGGACCUGGACCUGGACCCAGCUGUGUGUCUAUGAAGAGUGAUCGGUCAAAGGGUCAAAUCAUUUAUUUUAAAGAACAACAUCUUGAUGCAACAAGGAGGAAGCUGGACCAACCUGAACCCAGCUGUGUGUCUAUGAACAGUGAUCGGUCUAUGGAGCUUCCUUAUACCUUCAAAGAUGGACGCCACUCUGAUGAUCACAGAGUGGACCAGGAGAGCUCAGAGGUUCCCAGUGGUCAGUCUGCCCAGCAGCAUCAAACACAGCUGGACUCCAUAUUUAUGCUGCUGGAGGAGAACAUCGUCACUUUUGUGAAGAACGAGCUGAAGAAGAUGCAGAAGGUUCUGAGUUCAGAUUUCCCAGAAUGCUUAGAGAGUCAGAGUGAGGAUGAGGAGGUGUUGAACUGUGAGGAGAAAGAGCAGAGGAGGAGAAGCAGAGACGCAUUUCUGAAGAUCACACUGCACUUCCUGAGGAGAAUGAAGCAGGAGGAUCUGGCUGAGCGUCUGCAGAGCAGAACUCCUGCUGGCAGGUGUCGACGUAAACUCAAGACUAACCUGCAGAAGAAGUUCCAAUGUCUGUUUGAGGGGAUUGCUAAAGCAGGAAACCCAACCCUUCUGAAUCAGAUCUACACACCGCUCUACAUCACAGAGGGAGGGACUGCAGAAGUCAAUGAUGAACAUGAGAUCAGACAGAUUGAAACAGCAUCCAGGAAACCAGACAGAUCAGAAACAACAAUCACACAAGAAGACUUCUUUAAAGCCUUACCUGGAAGAGAUGAACCAAUCAGAACAGUGAUGACAAAGGGAGUGGCUGGCAUUGGGAAAACAGUCUUAACUCAGAAGUUCACUCUGGACUGGGCUGAAGACAAAGCCAACCAGGACAUACACUUCACAUUUCCAUUCACUUUCAGAGAGCUGAAUGUGCUGAAAGAGAAAAAGUACAGCUUGGUGGAACUUGUUCAUCACUUCUUUACUGAAACCAAAGAAGCAGGAAUCUGCAGGUUUGAAGAGUUCCAGGUUGUGUUCAUCUUUGACGGUCUGGAUGAGUGUCGACUUCCUCUGGACUUCCUCAACAAUAAGAACCUGACUGAUGUUACAGAGUCCACCUCAGUGGAUGUGCUGCUGACAAACCUCAUCAGGGGGAAACUGCUUCCCUCUGCUCGCCUCUGGAUAACCACACGACCUGCAGCAGCCAAUCAGAUCCCUCCUGAGUGUGUCGCCAUGGUGACAGAGGUCAGAGGGUUCACUGACCCACAGAAGGAGGAGUACUUCAGGAAGAGAUUCAGAGAUGAGGAGCAGGCCAGCACCAUCAUCUCCCACAUCAAGACAUCACGAAGCCUCCACAUCAUGUGCCACAUCCCAGUCUUCUGCUGGAUCACUGCUACAGUUCUGGAGGAUGUGUUGAAAAGCAGAGAGGGAGGAGAGCUGCCCAAGACCCUGACUGAGAUGUACAUCCACUUCCUGGUGGUUCAGGCCAAACUGAAGAAGGUCAAGUAUGAUGGAGGAGCUGAGACAGAUCCACACUGGAGUCCAGAGAGCAGGAAGAUGAUUGAGUCUCUGGGAAAACUGGCUUUUGAGCAGCUGCAGAAAGGCAACCUGAUCUUCUAUGAAUCAGAUCUGACAGAGUGUGGCAUCGAUAUCACAGCAGCCUCAGUGUGCUCAGGAGUGUUCACAGAGGUCUUUAAAGAGGAAAGAGGGCUGUACCAGGACAAGGUGUUCUGCUUCGUCCAUCUGAGUGUUCAGGAGUUUCUGGCUGCUCUUCAUGUCCAUCUGACAUUCAUCAAGUCUGGAGUCAAUCUGCUGGCAGGAAAACAAACAACAUCCCAGACACGUUUCUACCAGAGUGCUGUGGACGAGGCCUUAAAGAGUCCAAAUGGACACCUGGACUUGUUCCUCCGCUUCCUCCUGGGUCUUUCACUGCAGACCAAUCAGACUCUCCUACGAGGUCUGCUGACACAGACAGGAAGUAGCUCACAGACCAACCAGGAAACAGUCGAGUACAUCAAGGAGAAGAUCAGUGAGAAUCUGUCUGCAGAGAGAAGCAUCAAUCUGUUCCACUGUCUGAAUGAACUGAAUGAUCGUUCUCUAGUGGAGCAGAUCCAACGGUACCUGGGAUCAGGAAUUCUCUCCACAGAGGAACUGUCUCCUGCUCAGUGGUCAGCUCUGGUCUUCAUCUUACUGUCAUCAGAAAAAGAUCUGGACGUGUUUGACCUGAAGAAAUACUGUGCUUCAGAGGAGGCUCUUCUGAGGCUGCUGCCAGUGGUGAAAGCCUCCAACAAAGCUCUGCUGAAUGGCUGUAACCUCUCAGAGAGAAGCUGUGCAGCUCUGUCCUCAGUUCUCAGCUCCCAGUCCUCUAGUCUGAGAGAUCUGGACCUGAGUAACAGCAACCUGCAGGUUUCGGGAGUGAAGCAGCUUUCUGCUGGACUGGAGAGUCCACACUGUGAACUGGAAUCUCUCAGACUGACUGACUGUAACCUCUCAGAGAGAAGCUGUGCAGCUCUGUCCUCAGUUCUCAGCUCCCUGUCCUCUAGUCUGAGAGAUCUGGACCUGAGUAACAACAACCUGCAGGAUUCAGGAGUGAAGCAGCUUUCUGCUGGACUGGAGAGUCCACACUGUACACUGAAGACUCUCAGCCUGUCAGGAUGUCUGAUCACAGAGGAAGGCUGUGCUUCUCUGGCCUCAGCUCUAAGCUCCAACCCCUCCCAUCUGAGAGAGCUGGACCUGAGCUACAAUCAUCCAGGAGACUCAGGAGAGAAGCUUUUGUCUGCUGGACUGGAGGAUCCACACUGGAGACUGGACACUCUCAGGAGUGCGUGUGGAGGAGCAGCUGAGGUAGAAAGUGUGUGUGACUGAUGUGGAUGUGACUUCAGCAGCAUGGAUCAGAGUGAGGACAGAGAGGAGGGAGUCCCUCCCUCUAAAAGCUCUCUGUGUGGGGAACAUGACAGCCAGACCAAAGCUCAGAGAACAACAAGG